GCCAUGUAGACGCACAGUGGCACAUCUCCAAUACGCAGUGUGCAUCUCUGUCCUGGUGCUGGGUUUGCUUUCGUGUGAGAAGAAGACGCGCUGCUCGUUUAAACUAAAACACCACUGGGCGGUAAAAAUCGGACAUUGACGUUCUUUUGUUUUUGUUUAGUCUUCUCUCUCUCUCUCUCUUUUUUUUUUUUUUAACCCUGGAGGAGUACCAUUUUAUUUAUUUAUUUUUAACCCGGGUCGCUUUUUGAGUUGUUGGAGAAGCCGCAGAGGUGAGCAUGACAACAUGACAAUGGUGCAAGGCUGGCUGACAGGAGGAUGCGUUUAGGGUUUUUUCUUUGACUUUUAAGGAAUGGGCUCUUUGCCGCAGCAGUCACCAAGAACUCCAGUGGUUUAUUUAAGAUUUUCCGACUUGAAAAGAGAAACUGUUUCUGUGAAUGAUAACCCUCCGGCGCCACGUCCGGUCCGUACAGAGCUCACCUUUCUCCUCCCAUCAGCCGCAGCGCGUCUCUAAUUGGAGCUACACGGGGCAUCUUUAAUUGAUGGAGAUUAUCCACGGACACUGACCACACUGUCUACCGGUUCCCCGAAGCCUGCAGCACGGCGCUGCGGUUGUGACUGGAUGUUAUUGUCCAUAUUGCCUUCACCUGCAUUUGUCUAAUACGGUUUUGUCGGAGCCUUCGGUGACAAUGCCGUUAAACGCGCUGCCCCGCGGCGGCAGUAGCGGCAUCGGCGGUCCGGGAUCCCUGAGCCCCGCGUCGUUGUCCCGCAGUUUGUCCCGGUUGAGGGAGUACCGGACCCGCACAAGAAUCAUGCUGGCUCUGGGAGUCUCUCAGAUGGUCCUGGGGAGUCUCAUCCUGGCAGUGAGCUUCGCUGCUUUGGCUCUCACUACAUCACCCAGAGUCCGGCACUCAUGUCCCUUCUGGGCAGGUUUCUCUGUUCUGCUGUCUGGUCUCAUUGGAGUGGUGUCAUGGAAGAGGCCGCUGUCUCUUGUGAUCACAUUCUUCAUGCUGCUGUCUGCAGUGUGUGUGAUGCUCAACCUGGCAGGCUCCAUCCUCUCCUGCCAGAAUGCUCAGCUUGUCAACUCUCUGGAAGACUGUCAGCUGUGUGGAUGUGUGUUUCCCCCUUCUCCCCCCCAGCUCAAGUUUGACAGCGAUGGAGUUUGUGUAUGCUGCGAGCUACAGAAGCAAAGCUCCAGCUGUAACAACCUGGGAGAGACACUCAAACUGAAUCCGCUGCGGGACUGCAAUACCAUACGCCUCCGACUCAAGGAGCUGCUGUUUAGCGUUUGUGCCCUUAACGUCAUUUCCACUAUUGUGUGUGCUCUUGCCACUGCCAUGUGCUGUAUGCAGAUGGUGUCAACUGAUGUGCUGCAGAUGUUUAUGCCGCACAGAGCUCGAGCCUUAAAUGCUGACUGCAUGACCCCCCAUGGAACCAUCCUCCACCAAACGCUGGACUUUGACGAGUUUAUUCCUCCCAUUCCUCCACCACCAUACUACCCCCCAGAGUACACCUGCACUCCCUCUAUGGAUGGACAGAGAGGCCUGCAUCUGGACUUUCCCCAUUCUCCCUUCAGUGCCAUCUACGGGGUGCCUAUUAACAGUCCAGGGACCCUUUAUCCCACUGAUCUGCCUCCUCCCUAUGAAUCUGUGGUGGGUCAAACCCCUGCGAGUCAGGUCACCACCAGCAUUGAGCAGCAGGCCACUGAGUCCAGUCUGUGUGAGAGAAAUACAACUGCAGGACUCAGCACACAAGCCUCGGUAGACAGUGCAUCAUUAAUGGUAUCAGAGGUGGCUGAUCAGGACCAGACGUGCUCCUCUGAGGAUUUGUGCUCCUUGGAGGUCCAAGGCUCUGACUCCUCUCCCUAUGGCACUGCUCCGAAUAAUGGAAGCUGUACCAGCUUGGAGCUUUGCAUGCGAGCCUCCUCACGUUGCCAUCGUGGCUUGCCUAACACAGAUUCUCGCCCUAGUGAUACUGGAUAUAGCGAGUCUUCACACACCCAGGACUCACUGGAGCGCUCACCAGACUGGUCCUCAGAAAAUUUUAGCAAUCUGGACCAGGAGGACUCCACAGAAAACACACAUCCCUGUGAGGAACUAAGAGCUGCAAUGCACAUUUGUGACGAACUGGCAUCAGCCAAACAUUUACCAGAGGAGCCACCUAAGGCAUCAACACACUCCCUCAUUAAAGCACGAAUGAUGAGCCGAAAGCUCACUCUCCCUGUCACUAUCCCCCCACCACCUCAGCCUUGCUCCCCCACUUCUGUGGCUUCCUCUGGUGGAACUUCAGCCCUCAGCCCUCUGGCUCCCACCCCUUCCCCUUCCCCACCUACCAGGCCACGAGGUCCCAGGCUGUGUUUCAGUGUUUGGUCACCCUCCUCAGCAUCACAGCCCCCCUCUACCUCAUCUCAAAGUGGCCAGUCACCCUCAGAGAGACCCCGAGUGCUCAGAGCAGCCAGGAGGUACCGCAAACUGGCACGUAUUGUUCGCUCCACCAGCGACCCUAUCUCCUGCUCCACAACAACAAGACGAGAAAAUUGUGGCUGCACCCCAGCAAAUGACCCUUCUGCUGAAGAGUCACCUCGUGCAUCUCCAGAGCAGGAGCCAAAAGACACUUCAGCAGAGGUGGUUGGAGCUAAACCCAGUCACAUACGUGUCACAAAACAGCAGAAGGAGGGCAGAAAAGUUGACAUCCUUCUAAAACCUCGAUCUAUCCACACACACCCCUCCCAUGAGCGCCCACACUCCCUGGCCGACCUUAAGAUGUACAAAGACACCAAAAUAUUAGUGGCCAAGUUCCUGGAGCACUCGAGCUGCAGUCUACCUCCUGAAGUCCAGCAGGUUGUCAAUAACAUCAAGUGUGUCAUCAAAUCAGAUGAGAAGCACAUGGAAGAGGCCAUAUUCAGUGCCAAUGUCAUAGAUCAGAUGAUGACCCAACGUAUCAUUGGCAGUCCCAGGAAGCGUGACCAUGAGGAUCUUCACCUUCAGAGCUGCGGUGCUUUGAGCUCAUCCCCUUCCAUGCACCGUCCAAAACAUCUCCCACAAACAACCAGCUCCUCCACAGACCCACAGAGCUCUCCUACUGCUGAGUGCAGAGAAACCAUCCUCUGACCAUUCUCUCAACAAGGACUCGGGUGAAAACUCUGAGGAGGUUCCAGGGUGCUGGUGAUUCUGUCCUGUAAGGAGGAUUUCUGCAGAGUAAUUAAAAACUCUCCAGAUGUUAUGAGGUCACUUUGUACAGCAUGACUGCAGUGCAAAUCAACUGAAAUGCUGUCAUAUUGUUCCUUGUGCCCUGUGAGACUGUGCCAAGUCAUCAGCAAAAAUGGUAGCAAACUCAGACAGAGCCUGCCAGUGUCUGUAGUGGCUUCUUCUCAUAAAAACAAACAAAAAAAAAAUAAAAACAAAAAUAAAAUGACAAAAAACAAACAAACAAGAAUGUUUCUCCCUCAGGGGAUAUUUUCUACUGAAUUUCAUCUUUAAAAAAAGAAACAAAUACACAGCUGGUAGGUUUGGAUCUGUGACUGAAACACAAGGGAAAUUGUGCUAUCAGUGUUCCUCUUGUUCUCACAAGAAACAGAGAAAAAUAUGUUUGUUUUAAACUGUGAACUGAGUCGACAGGGCAUUAUUAGCCAUUGUUUGCAGACUUUGUGGAGUUGUUGCUGAUAGGGUGGUGAAUAUUUUGUGGUUCAAGAACAUCACAGAUGUGGAUUGUUUAACUUACCUCAUUGUGUUACAAUUCUUAUCAGUGUUCCAAUAAAAUAUGCAUUUGUA